CUUAUAAUAUAUACUGGCUAAUAACACAGGAGUAAUGAUAUGUUGUAGAAGUAUUAGCUAAGGGGUUUAGUUGGGUUAAUAACUGUAGAGAAGAUGGGAGGAGGAUGGGCUUUUUUAUAAUGUUGUUGUGUCUGUCCCUGUUUUGCACUGCCACCGAAGAGCCCAGCAAAGUGUCUGGAGGGCAGCUGGAGAAGAUGAGCGCCCUCCCGCUCUCUCGUUCGGAGGUGUUCGGGGAGCUGCGAAAAGAGCUGUAUGAGGAUGUGGAGUUUCAUCACUCCGACGUGCACAUCUUCAUCAUCAUGGGGGCCUCGGGAGAUCUGGCAAAAAAGAAGAUUUAUCCUACUCUGUGGUGGUUGUUCAGGGACGGUCUUCUUCCAGAGCAGACGUUCUUUGUUGGCUUUGCUCGCUCUGACCUGACCGUGGAUGCCAUUCGCACUGCCUGUCUUCCUCACAUGAAGGUGGCAGAUACUGAAGCAGACCGUCUCGCGGCCUUCUUUAAACGUAACUCCUAUAUAAGUGGGAAGUACGGAGAAGAGUCUGCGUUCUCCAACCUGCAUUCACACCUGCUUUCACUGCCUGGAGGAGCUGAUGCCAACCGCCUCUUCUACCUGGCCCUGCCACCCACUGUGUACCACGAUGUCACUAAGAACAUCCGCAAUCAGUGCAUGAGCAGCAAAGGGUGGAACAGAGUGAUUGUAGAGAAGCCGUUUGGACGGGACCUGCAGAGCUCCGAGGAACUGUCCAAUCACCUCUCCUCGCUCUUUACUGAGGACCAGAUCUACCGCAUAGACCAUUAUCUCGGCAAGGAGAUGGUGCAGAACCUCAUGGUCCUCAGGUUUGGAAACAGGAUAUUUGGACCCAUCUGGAACAGGGAUAAUGUGGCCUGUGUGGUCCUGACCUUCAAAGAACCUUUUGGAACCCAGGGAAGAGGGGGAUACUUUGAUGACUUUGGUAUUAUCCGUGAUGUGAUGCAAAAUCACCUGCUGCAGAUGUUGUGUCUGGUGGCCAUGGAGAAACCCGCCUCCACCAGCUCUGAUGAUGUGAGAGACGAGAAGGUGAAAGUGUUGAAGUGUGUGGCACCAGUUACUUCUUCAGAUGUAGUUUUGGGUCAGUAUGUUGGAGACCCAGAGGGGGAAGGAGAGGCUAAGCUGGGUUACCUGGAUGACCCGACCGUCCCUAAAGGCUCCACACAGGCUACGUUCGCCACGGCUGUGCUGUAUGUACGGAAUGAACGCUGGGACGGUGUGCCCUUCAUCCUGAGGUGUGGGAAGGCGCUGAACGAGCGGAAGGCGGAGGUGCGGCUGCAGUUCACAGACGUGCCCGGGGAUAUCUUUAAUGCGCAGUGCCGCAGGAACGAGCUGGUGGUGCGAGUUCAGCCCAAUGAGGCCAUAUACGCCAAGAUGAUGAGCAAGAAACCUGGAGUGUACUUCAGCCCUGAGGAGACUGAGCUGGACCUGACCUACCGCAGCAGAUACCGGGAUGUCAAGCUUCCAGAUGCGUAUGAGCGUCUGAUUCUGGAUGUGUUCUGUGGCAGUCAGAUGCACUUUGUGCGCAGUGACGAAUUGAGGGAAGCGUGGAGGAUCUUCACCCCACUUCUUCAUCAGAUAGAAAAGGAGAAGGUUCCACCCAUUAAGUAUAAAUAUGGAAGCCGAGGUCCUCAGGAAGCAGAUGACCUGGUGCAGAAGGUCGGGUUCCGCUACGAGGGAACAUACAAAUGGGUCAACCCCCAUAAACUGUGAGCGGAGAAGAAGAUGAGGGGCAAGAAAAGUGUGUGUUUGCGUGUUUGAGAGAGUGUGUGUGUGUGUGUGAGUGAGUGAAUGAGUGAGAGGUUUGUGUUUCUAGUAACACAGCAUAUAUUUUGUAUCACAAACCAAAAUGUGGCACAGAAACCACAAAUUCCAUCUUUAAACUUUAACUAUAAAUCUUAAUGUUGAGUCUUAAGCAGUUCUUAUAAAGGGCUCCGGUAAAACUCAUGCUGCAUUUCAGUUAAACUCUGAUGUAGGAAAAAUAUUUCUGUUCCAAGUAGGACCUUUUAUCUGCAAUGCUUUAAUUGGUCGGAUUUCUUAGUGGGAAACCAAGAGUUCUGAAUCCUGAAGAGUAGUAAACAGUAGUAUAAUAGUUACAGUUUCACUAAUAAAAAUUGUGUCUGAUUCAAUCAGCUGCAACACAAAGUACUGACCAACUUCUGUCUGGCAAUAUGUUUUCAAGGCUUUGUAUGUGCAAAAUACAAAGUAUAAUACAUUUAUCAACAGUUAAUGCUAGCAAUGCUAAUCUGGGACAGUGCUAACAAUGACAGCUGAUGUCCAAAAGUUUUACUCAUUCCUAAUUCCUCUCUCUGAUAUCCAACAUCCAAACUAAAUGGAGCGCAGCAUCAGUAACAGCUACUGAACGAUGUUUUAUUAUUUCUAGCUUUUUUUCUUGAGCAUUCAUCAUUAAUAUUCCAUAUUUGUUGGCAGGACUAUAUCUGCUCUACUGUACGCCUCUGUGGACUAAUCUUUAUCAUUCCUGUUCCUGUACUUCCUGUACUCAACUCUCAGUCUUUCACUGUUGUUUACAUUUCAUUAAUUUCAUUCUUAAAGACUCUUCAGGUCCAGACAGCUGCUCACAGUUGUAGCACAAUGUGGAAACUGUGAUCAGUAACUAAUUAGGUCUUAAAGAAAACACACACACAUGCACACGUUCCUCUUUAUUAAACCUUACGCAGGUUGUUUAAUAUUCCAUAGCUUGUUGUUUGUGGUCAAGUUUAAUAGGCAAAAAAAAAAAUGCUUCAAAAUUGGCUUAUUGCUGUUACAUGAUUAUUUAAAAUUCAAAAGUAAGGUUGGUCAUGUAGACACAAUACUCAUUUUUAAAUCAGAGUAAGAUCUGAUCUAAAGUAAUCUGCUAAAAAGAGCUAGUUUUAGCUCAGUCAUCAGGUUUCUCCAAGCAGCUAACCUUAACCUGAUCAGUUACUGACAAACUUCAAUCUUCUACAGUAAUAGUAUUGUGUAUUUUUAAUCUCCUGAAUCUGAGUCAGACCUCUCUGAUUGGCAUACAUAUUAAACAAACAUAAAUUGGGGGAAAAUACUAAAAUGUAGUAUAGAAUAAUAAAAAAAGCUGUAGAACUGAUAAAUGUUAGGAUAUAAAAUAAUAGACAGAUAGUUUGAGGUGUAGGGUUUACAGAUAAUUUACAGGCAAAAACAAAAAUAGGUGCAUUCCAUGCCCUCUUCAUUAUAACCUGAGUAUAAUGAACACAAGCUUUCUUCACACAUUUCUAUUUUUUUUCUUAAAACAGAUAUUACAUACACACGCACAUAUUUUAUCAUAUUCACCAUUGUAUAACUGAAAGAGAAGAUAUUAUUGAGUGAAGCAAAUGCUUUCUUUAAUAGUUAACCAUCUUCACUUAAAAUAAAGAGCAUAUAAUAAACAAAGUUUAUUUAUAUAAUGGGUUUGUG